AUGGGUCUUAAUUCAACAAAAUCUUCAUUAACAAAUGCUGAAUAUUCUUUAACACUUUCAUCACCUAAUGAUUUUUAUCGUAGUCUAUCGACAAUUCAAGGUGAAUUUCAUUUAAAUGUUCGAAAAAAAUUACGUAUUGAAAAAGAAAUUCGUGUUGAUUUAAUUGGUCAAUUAAUUGAAAAUAAACGAUAUGCAUCACGUUCAAAAAAGAAUUCAUCACAAAUAAAUAAUAAUGAUAAUAUUUUUUUAACAUAUUCAUGUCAAUUAAUAACAUCACAUGAAAAUGGUACAGCUCGAACAAUAAAACAACAAGAAGUUGUUUAUCCAUUUCGUAUACCACUUGGAAGUAAUUUACCACCAUCAUGUGAAUUUAAAGAAUUUUCUAUUAGUUAUUAUUUGGAAAUUUAUCAUGAUGGACGUUUAUUACCAAAUACACACAGACAAAUUACAUUAGCACCACCAGCACCUCUAAUCACUGUACCGUUACCAUGUAAAGUAACAGGUUCAAAUGAUGUAACAAUGAUAUGUAGUUUACAAAAAUCAUUUUAUUCUGGUCGUGAUUGUCCAAUAGUACCUAUAACAGUUUCAAUAACAAAUCCUAAACAAAAACAAAUCAAAGCUGUAACAGCUCAAUUAAUGCAAACUGUUUCAUUAGAUGGAAUCAAACGUGAAAAUGAAAUAUUUACAGCUGUACUUAACGAAAUAGCUGAAAAUACAAAAGAAAAUGAAGUUUAUGCUAAGUGUGAAAUAGUUUUACCGGCUAAUUUAUUUCCCACAUAUGUACCUAAUCAAAGUGGUCAACCUGAUAAUAUACCAUCUGUUGCUAUAACUUAUGAAUUUCGUAUGACAGCCCAAAUGAAAGGUGCAACAACUCCUAAUAUUCGUUUAUCUGUACCUAUUGGUAUUGAGUGA